UCCUUUUUUUUGAAAUUUAAAAUUUGCAUCAUUACCUGGUUGCUUCCUUUCUUUCCUUCAAUCCAUGUCACAGUUUUCUUGAGCAUUUGACAGGCCCCAAGAAUUCUUCUUGGAUGUGCUUUUCUGGGUAAUCUUUGUAAAUAUAUUUAACAGCAGAGCUCAGUAGCUGCCAGUAACUGAGGAACUUCUUCUGGUCUUGAGUUUUAUGGAUCAGAUGGAGACAAAGAAGGAUGAACCAAUACCAUCAAAAAUGGAUGAUUAUGAAGUGAUAGAGCAGAUAGGGAGAGGAGCAUUUGGAGCUGCAUUUCUGGUUCUACAUAAGAUUGAGAACAGAAGGUAUGUCUUGAAGAAGAUUCGUUUGGCUAAACAAACAGAGAAGUUAAAGAAGACAGCACAUCAAGAGAUGAAUUUGAUAGCAACACUAAAGAACCCAUAUAUUCUGGAGUAUAAAGAUGGGUGGGUGGAAAAGGACUGCUAUAUUUGCAUUGUGACAUCUUACUGUGAGGGAGGAGAUAUGGCUGAGAUGAUCAAGAAAGCUAGAGGGAAACUUGUUCCAGAAGAGAAGCUCUGCAAAUGGCUGACCCAGCUAUUACUAGCCGUGGACUACCUGCACUCCAAUCGGGUCCUUCACAGAGAUCUAAAAUGCUCCAAUAUAUUCCUUACGAAAGACAACGACAUUCGACUAGGUGACUUCGGACUUGCAAAAUUGCUCAGCAAAGAUGAGCUUGCUUCCUCGGUUGUGGGAACUCCAAACUAUAUGUGUCCAGAGCUUCUUGCGGAUAUACCCUAUGGUUACAAAUCAGAUAUAUGGUCUUUAGGAUGUUGCAUGUUUGAGAUAGCAGCACAUCAACCUGCAUUUAGAGCAACUGACAUGUCCGGUCUCAUAAACAAAAUCAACCGUUCCACCAUUUCUCCACUCCCCACUGCCUAUUCAUCUUCAUUAAAAAGACUAAUCAAGAGCAUGCUAAGAAAGAACCCAGAGCAUAGACCCACAGCCGCAGAGUUGCUGAGGCAUCCCCAUAUACAGACAUAUCUUGCUCAGUGCCAAAACAUAUCCUCAGUCUUUCUCCCUGUAAAGUCCGGACACAAAAGCAAUGGUGAACCAAAAGGGGCUAGACCAUCCAGCAAGUUCAGCAAUGGCAAGGAUGCAAAAGUUGGAAAAUCAAGCCCAUCAUCAAGUCCUGAAAGUGUACGAGCAAAUACUUCCAGCAGCAGCUCGGGACAAGCCCGAAGUGUCAAAACAGAAUCCAGUAUAAAAGCCAAGACGGAAGAGAUGAAGAAGAAUAGCAAACAAGAUCACAAGCCACCCAGAAGCAGUUUAGAGACAACAGAGAAUCCCACAACAGAGACAAAAACCGCUUCCAUCACAAACACAGUAUUGGCAAGUAAAACCACACUAGCAGGGAAAGAAAAUAAAGAAAUCAAUGGAGGCUCCAGUGACAUGUCAUCAAUGAGUACAUUGACAUUGCUACUUGGUAAUAAUGAGACAAAGAUUCAAUGGGAUUUUCACAGCCUUCAAAGAGCAGAAGCACUGGAAUCACUGCUGGAGAUAUGUGCCAAUUUGCUUAGACAGGAGAAGUUUGAGGAAUUGGCAGGAGUAUUGAGACCAUUCAGUGAAGAAGUGGUGUCAUCAAGGGAAACUGCAAUUUGGUUGACAAAGAGCCUAAUGAAUCUCCAAAAUAAUGGUGCUCAAGGUGACCAAUUUAAAUUCUUAUAAGAGUGAUCUUUAGUAAUGCCAAUUAUGUAAAGUUUAUUGCAUUUGUGUAUUGAUUGAUCUUUUCAAUCCUCAAUCAUCAUUCUUAGAAUCUUAGUCCUACUAAA